CCCAGGCACUGCACAAACUCGCACUCUCAUGACUGCACCGUGUGUUCAGGCUCCUGCUCCUGCACUCUGCUGCACUGCUGCGGCGCUGCACGGCUGCUCACGGGAGGUUGUGUGCAACUCCACGUGUUCCCUCACCUGCACACGCAGGGGCUGCAGCUGGGCACCGGUGCCAUUGCACACUCACGGCCCUGUGCACACACACAGUCUGUGUCCUCGUGCACACUCCAUUGCACACCUGUGCUCGUGCACACCUGCACACCUGCCCUCAUUGCACACCUGUCCUCAUGCACACCUGUCCUCGUGCACACCUGUCCUCGUGCACCCCCAUUGCACACCUGUGCUCGUGCACACCUGCACACCUGUCCUCAUUGCACACCUGUCCUCGUGCGCGCCCCCUGCACACGUGCGCGCGCCCCCGCGCGCUCCCGCCUUCGCGCGCCCCGACAGUCACGUGACGCGGCCCCGGUCGCUGUGGCGACCGCGUGGGGUGACUCGCGCAUGCGCGGGGCCGGCUCCCGCCGCCUCAGCGCCGCCGUGCCCGCGGGGUCCGUGCUCGCCUUCGGCCAGCGCGGCCCCGGCGCCGUCACCUCGGGUCUUCCCUUGCUCAGUGCCCUUUGGGCGUGUCUCGGCUCCCAAAAGUUACUUCAGGGUUUCAAAAGUCACCCUUGGGUUUCCCGCCCUUCAGCUUCCCCGCAGGUUUGCCUCACAAACCCUUCCCCCUUCAGGUUUCUUCCCCACACCUGCCCUAGUUCCCCCUCAGGCCCGUUCCUAGCUUCCCCCUUUCCCUGCGUCCCUCCCCAGCUCUUUCUCUCCAUGCUUUCCCCUUCUCCCCCAGCCUCCCUCGCACAGGGGGUGCAGAUGCCCAGGGUUAGGCUUGCCCAGCCUCUUCCCAGCCGCCGUGCCGCCCAGCCCCGCCGGCUGAGCUGUGGGGCUGGUCUGGGUGGGUGGGGUGCCUGUGGGGGGAGUCUGGCCCGAGUGUGGGGGGCUGGCUGCGGGUGUGUGGGGUGACCCCAGUGUGUGUCACUGACCCCGGUGCGUGUCACUGACCCGUGUCUGUCACUGACCACGGUGUGUGGGGUGACCCCAGUGUGUGUGUAGGGCUGAACCCGGUGUAUGUGUGUCACUGACUCCGGUGUGUGGGGCUGACUGGGGGUGUGUGAGGUGACCCCAGUGUGUGUUACUGACCCCUGUCUGUCAUUGACCCCACUGUCUGUCACUGACCACGGUGUGUGGGGUGACCCCAGCGUGUGUGUGGGGCUGACCUGCUGUGUGUGUGUGUCACUGAUCCCCAUGUGUGGGGUGACCUCAGUGUGUGUCACUGACCCUGGUGUGUGGGGUGACCCCGGUGUGUGUGUAGGGCUGACCCCGGAGUACGUGUGUCACUGACCCUGGUGUGUGUGGGGCUGACCCGGUGAGUGUGACUGACCUGGUGUGUGUGGGGCUGACUGGGUGUGUGGGGGGUGACCCCAGUGUCUGUCACCGACCCCGGUGUGGGCGCUGACCCCAGUGUGUGUCACUGACCCGCAUGUGUGGGGCUGGCUGGGUGUGUGUGGGGCUGUACCACGUGUCGGUCACUGUCCCCCAUGUCCAUUACUGCCCCCGGUGAGACUCCGGGCCAUGGCCGUGGAGGCGGUGAAGGUGUCCGUGCACUGCGGGCGUGAGGCUGCCCUGGGCCGGGCCAUCGCCGGCGUGGACAGCGCGGGCCGGUGCCUGGUGCGGAGCCCCAUGGAAAUCCCCCGGCAGUUCUCCUCCGACGGGGAGCACAGCACCCAGCACGUCUACAAUGAGAUCGCCUACCCACUGGUGGAGGGUGUCAUGGAAGGCUGCAAUGGCACCAUCUUUGCCUACGGCCAGACUGGCAGUGGGAAGUCCUUCACCAUGCAGGGUGCAGAUCCUUCCUCACAGAGAGGGAUCAUUCCCAGGGCAUUUGAACACAUCUUUGAGCGUGUACAGUGUGCUGAAAACACCAAGGUCCUGCUGAGAGCCUCCUACCUGGAGAUCUGCAAUGAGCACAUACGAGACCUAGGAGCUGACACCAAGCAGAAGAUGGAGCUGAAGGAGCACCCGGAGCAGGGGGUGCACGUGCAGGGGCUGUCCCUGCACACUGUGCACAGCAUGGCCCAGUGUGAAGCAGUGGCUUUCACCCUCAUGGACACGGGCUGCAGGAACAGAGCAGUGGCUUUCACCCUCAUGGACAAGGGCUCCUCCUGCUCUCACUCCAUCUUCACUGUCUGCAUGGAAAUCUGUGCUCUCAAUGUGCACCUGGAGCCCUGGCGCUCGGCCUGGCAGGGCACGGGGUCUGUGUGGCCACUCAUCAUCCCACAGCUACCCUUAGAUCCCAAAUGGCUUCUACCUGCUGAGGCUGCUCACCUGGGAGCAAAUCCAGCUCCCUGCCUCAAACCCCAGGUGGAUCUGGAAGCAGAGAAGCAGCUGAUCAGAGAAGAGUUCCAGGAGAGGCUGGCCCAGCUCCAGGCCAGCCACCAAGCAGAGCAGGCGUCCUGUGCCUGCCUGGAGAAGGACAUCAGCAGCCUGAGGGAUGCCUUUGAUCUCAAGGUGUCUGUUCCAGAUCUCCUCAGGAAGGAAGCAGCUGACACACGGACUAGAACAAUUUCUGACCACACACUUUCAUAUGAAGCUGCUGUUGCUGCAGCACGUGAAGAGCCAACAUCAGCCCAGGUACCCUCGAGGCUCCUUCUCCCCUCAGAGCCAGCUGGGACUGUCACAGACACCAGUGGGGUGAGCAGGGGCAGUGCUGGAGCAUUAGGAGCUGUCACUGCCCCGGGGAUUUCCCCACCUGCAGACCAGCAGCUGGUGCUUGCCAGGACGUGCCUCCUCCACUCUCGUGGAGCUGGUUCUGAGCUCGGCGUUCCCUUCUGCAGGCUGCAGGUGCUGCAGCCAGGUGGGGAGCAGGCUCAGCACCAGGACCUGAAGGAAAAGCACAAACGGAGGACGAAGCACAGGGACGAGCGGGGGCUGCAGCUGCUGGCUGCCCUGCAGGCAUCCAGCAAGGACAGCAGCGAGCAGCCUCUCCUCAACGAACACCACUCCAUCCAGGAGGAGGUUCCAGCCAAGAGCACGCUGGAGAAGGUGCAGGAGAAGCUCCGGGCUGCCCAGACCGAGAUCCAAGACCUGCAGUUGGAGUUUGGGCUGCAGAAGAUGGAUUACCAGCGCCAGGAGCGAGACCCGCAGCUCUGGCAGCAGCUGCUGGAUCGGGUGCAGUCCCUGGUGCGGCGGGACUGCAACUGCAGCAGCCUGGAGAGGAUCCGUGAGUGCGUGCGGGACGAGGAGAGCGGCUGCUGGAGAUUCAUUCCAGAGCCUGUCGUUCCAAGAACCCACCUGCCCGCAGCGCUUCCAGCCCUGCCACAGCCCCAGCCUGGCGGACACACCCCUGAACGAGAGCGGGGAGCCAGCGGUACGGCCCAUCCCUCCUCUUCUAUCCCAUUGUACCAAUUUUGCCUUAUUGCUGGCGCUGCUGACAGCGUUUGCCGCCUGCAGCCCGAGGAACACCACUACGGGCUGGGCAGGAGCGACAGCGAGACCAUCCCAGCAACUACUCCCGAUGCCGGCGAGCCGGCCAGACCCUCCGGCUGCACCAAGGUUCCCCAGAUGCACUCUGAACUGUCCUCCUUUUCCUUGGGAAAUCAAACGGCGACCCACCCAGGACCAAUUCUGCCUCAAGCCCUUCACCUCUCAGGGUUUCUCGCAGGACACAGCCCUAUUUUGGCGUGCUGCGCUGCCCCUCCACACCCCUUCCUCUCCUCCCGCGGGCUCCGAGCGGGCUGCGGGCAGCACCGGCACCGUGCCCCCGGCGCGGCCCUCCCGCCUGCAGUCCCAGCGCCGGCACCAAGCGCAGGAAGGGCACGCCAGCUCCAGCGCCCGCCGCCUCUGACCCGCGGCGCGGCGGGGCCGGACGGCGGCGGGGCCUGCCCUGCCCGCCACAGCGCUGUCGCGACAGCGCCCGCUUGCGCUGCGUCCCGACGUCGCGGAGCUGUCUGUCGAUGA